AUCAAAGGGGCUCCUUCUCCGAUCCAUCGCGCUAUCCAAAUAUCUAGAGACAAGAAAUCGAAGGCAGCGAUUGAAGCUCCUUCUUCAGUUCUUCUCCGACCCCUACUAUUUUUUCUCGUGUUUUUUUCUAUCAAUUUCUACAAAGGAGCAGCAAGUACACAUGGAAAAUUUAACGCAGGAAGAAAGAACAGUAUCAUCCCAGGUGGAUUGUGAUGUUGCAGCUACCCCAAUUGUCUCCUCAAAUCUACCAACUGGUCCUGAUAUUGUGCAUGUACAACCUCCAGGUGUGAAUCGUGUUUUUAGGUCAGAUGUUUGGGAUCAUUUUUUCCCAUAUUGGAUUAGAAACAAAAAGUAUGAGAAAGACAUGGAAACUCAAAAGCUUGUGGAGGUCAUUACAUGGAAAAUGAGAGCUAAAUUGGAAGCCAAGACUACUCAAAUCAAGACACUUCUCUUUUCCAUGUAUGAAGCGUAUGACGAAGAAGUUCAAGGCAAGAACCACUUGAAGAGAAAGAGAUUAGCUGAAAUCACCAAUGAUCUUGUGAAAAGACAAAAGGCUUCAUAUAAAGUUGGGAGUAGCACAAGUAAGAAUAUGUUUGUAGUGGAUUGGACUAAAUAUGUUGAACAAACAGAUGAAUCUAUCAUAACUCAUGAGGUUGAUAAGUAUUUAAAUGAUCCAUUGGAAGGUAUUGGAAAGAACAAAAAUAAGGAAGCGAUUAAUGAUGAGGACAGUGGACUCAAUGAUGAAGCAAAUUGGUUAAAGGGAGAUGAUAUAACAACUCAUUUUGACGUUGAACCGUGCAUAGAAGAGUUGGAGUUUUAUGAAGCAAUUGAAACAGAAUCAGCAAGUGGAAGGGAAACAUACAGUGUCUAGUUGCCUACCAUUUGCUACAGUGCCACUCAGUCACUCACUCUCUUGUCGUUUUGUUUUUUAGCAAUUAUAUUUUAGGCUUUAGCAUUUAUUUUUCGAAGGUUUUGUUGUGCUAAAGCUAGAUUAUUCUAUGAAUGGCUGUGAGUUUUUGUUGGCAGUGAAUAAGUGUGCCUAUGAAAUUUAUUGAGAUUGGCAGUAACUUAUAUUUUUUGGAUUUAGUAUGAAUAUAAGUGACCUAUGGAU